UUUUGAGAGCAAUUUUACCAGAUUUGGUUGCAAAAAAAGUACGGAAGACACUAAGGCUUUUCCGUGUUUUGUUUUGGUGAGAAAAAUUUGUUUCCGCGCACGUGCAGAAUCAGCGACACAAAGAAGGAACUAAUACGCGUUUAAUAUUUCAUCACUAAGAACAUCAACGAGCAUGUUUUUCCCCACAUCGACGUCCACCAGCACUCGACAGGCCUCGGUGCCCAGUCGUGUCGUACCUGGAGUUGUUCCUGCGCAGCUACAGCAGCCUUGGCACCGGAACACCUCGACAAGCUGAAGUCGUCGAAUUGCUGUCGAUUCUCUGUCGAUUUUCUGUCGAUUCCUUGUCGAUUUUGGCCGAUAUCUUCCUUGUUUUCUGCCUGCGUGCUUGGUCCACUGCCGUGUACAACCCAAGUAGCGCAUACAAUAAACAGUUCGAGAAGCAUGACCACCGUUGUCAUGAAUAUAGAGCACAAGUGUUUGUGCCUAAUGCGACGGCUCUGCUGCCUUGCUUCUCGGUGGUCGUUGUCGAUUCCUUGUCGAUUCCACUCGUUGCGCCCAUGUUUCGGGGUGACCUCUGUCGAGUCCGUGUCGAUUCUUUGUCGAUUCCUUGUCGAUUCCUUGUCGAUUCUUUGUCGAUUCUUUGUCGAUUUCGUACAAUUUCGUACAAUUGUACGAAAUUCGCUGUUUCUUUUAGAAAUAUUGAUUUCGUACAAUUGUACGAAAUUAGGAAAGUGACAUUUUCUUUCAGAGCUGCUGAUUUCGUACAAUUGUACGAAAUGAGAAAAAAUCGACAAGGAAUCGACAAGGAAUCGACAAAGAAUCGACAAGGAAUCGACAAGGAAUCGACAAGGAAUCGACAAAGAAUCGACAAGGAAUCGACAAGGAAUCGACAAGGAAUCGACAGAGGCUCCGCGCCGCUGCUGUGGAUGCACUUGGGCGCGCGCGGACACUGGGCGCGCGGGCAGCGCUGCCGCGGCCCGCAGAAUGCAAGCACGCCUGCGAAAGUGGCGGACAGUGUUGUCCCCUGUUUCGUACAAUUGUACGAAAAGCGGCUUGCUCCUUUAGGUCGUCGCCUGCUGGCGCCGCCAUCCCCCCGAUGGUAAUGUACGAAAUCGCUACGCCGCAGGGUGGCGAUGUGACGCCACGUGCCACGCCGCUUUUCGUACAAUUGUGCAAAAUCGCCACGCCGCAGGGUGAGCGGGGCCUCCAUUUCGUACAAGUGUACAAAGCAAGGCUCGAGCCGGAAGAUGACGCACAGUGCAAAAGCCGCGCAGCCGGUUCGAUACAGUAGAACCGCAGCGCGGCGUGCAAUUGUUCGACACCGAAAGGGGACGCCAAAAACUGCCAGCGACUUGGAGCAAAGCGCUGGCUUUGUGUGGUUUCAAGUCGCCGGCCUUCUCUCUGGCCGUGUGGCGCACGACAACAGUCGUGAGCGUAGACAUUGGAGCACGUGCGUGCGAUUUUCGUUUUGGAUAAGGAAUCGACAAAGAAUCGACUAGGGGUUUUGCAAAAUUCGUCGGGAGUUCACUGUCGAGGUGUUUCCGUGUCAAGGUGCCCAGUCGUGUCGUACCUGGAGUUGUUCCUACGCAGCUACAGCAGCCCAUGCUCUCUUUUAUCAAAUGUGAAAAUGUCUGGGUCUGGAAGGUUAGAACUUGUAAUGCUAAAUCUGAAUGAUCCAAAAAUCUGUGUUGCGUGAGUACCAAAAGCUGUCUGCUUUUGACCAGGUUGAGAGGGAGUUUCUCAUGCAGGAAAGGGAUGAUAGAGACCUCAGAAAAUCUGUCAUGCUGGGUCUCGCAUUCCAGAACUCAUGGGUGAUGGAAAACCUGCAUCACAAAUCUUCCAUUCUUCCAGACCCAGACAUUUUUACAGUUGAUAUCUUUCCCCGGGCAGCAAAACGUGCCGGGAGGCGUUCCCGUGUACCAGCCACAGCAGUCUAUGCCCCAGUUCGUGCUGCCACAGCAAUCGGUGGGUGGCGAAACAGCCAACAGUUCUGCAGCGAGCAACAAAGUCGGGAACUUCUACCGGCCCGCACCAGGGAACAAUGUGAUCCGAGGCUUGCCGCCACCCGGGCCCGUUGGGGUUCCCGCACCACAGCAACUACCGCAGCAGUUCUUCCCCAGUAGUGGAAGUGCCGGAACCUUCAACAUGUCAGGUGCUGGAUUGGUGAGACGUAAUGGAAAUGCGUAUACGCAGAACAAUUUCAGUCAAGGACAUCAGGGGUCGUCCAGGAGCAACUACAGUGUGACUGAACAUCAAGUAUCGCAGCAAGAGGAACUGCAACACCUACACAGUGCAUCACAAGGGGAUCCGCAAGAGCACCAGGAACAAGCCAGCCAAUCGCGGAACUCCAGAUCCUCCUCUUCCCGAUCGGGGCCACACUUCGCGCAACCAGCCGCGCGAAACAGUACCACCACCGGAGGAGCAAUGACAAAUGUAAACAGCAGGUCUGUCUUGACCAACAAAACUACCGGCCCUGUGUCGCGCAACUCUACCUCUCUAAACACGACCAAUCUCUCCGUCGGGCAGCAAUCUGCGGCGAUGAACCAGGUGGAGCAGUUGCAGCGGCAGGUAGCAGAAUUACAAUCCGAAAACGAGGAACAGGCACGGGAGAUCGACAGACUACACAAGAUGCUGGCAGAAAGGGACGCCGGUGCGGGAGUCGUCGUGCGAACGCCGGGGGAACAGAAUGCAAGCCGAUAUUCGGCGACGGUAAGAAGUAGAAAUGACACGCCCUGCUCUUGUGCGUAAAAAGUGAAGUAUUUGUCGUUGUCGCUUUCGUGGCAUGCGAAACAUUGCUCAGAAACGACAAGCUGCUCUGAAUAACUGGAAUUGUGUAUGAAACACCAAACAGAGCGGCGGGUCACGAAACAGCGCGAAUCGCGGUGGCGGGCAGCAUCAUUUGCACACACGGCAGCUCUAUGCGAGCACACGGCCAGCGGUACUGAUUUUUUUUCAAAUAAUACUAGAGAUGCUUGCAUAGAAGCACCUCCAGGCGCCGCCUUCGGCUGUCCGAAUAGAUUGUUGCUACAAGUCAUCACGCGCUCCUCGCUGCAGUAGCCCAGCGUAGCGUAGUUUUGCCACCAGUUGUGCCCAACAUAAUUUUGACGUGGAACAAGGUUCCCUACACGCCAUGGGAUUUGCGUGAUCCAGUGGACAAUCGCCUGGCUGAGUUCUACAAUUCGACCGGCUCCGCCGUGUAUCAACUGUAAAAAUGUCUGGGUCUGGAAGAAUGCAAGUUUAUUGUCAUGCUUGUCUGGCAUGAAUUGAGAAUCUGUGUUACAUAGGCACGAAAAGGCCCUCUUACCUGUCAUGCAAAAACGCAGUUUACCAUGCGGAAUACGUAAGACAUGGGAGCCAAAAAAUUUGUCAUGCAUAGCUGCGUAAUGCAGUUCGUAUACCAUUCAUUUUUAGCAUCACAAGUUUCCAGACCCAGACAUUUUUGCAUUUGAUACCGUGCCGUUUCAUCGAAUUAACAAGGGGUUUUACCGAUACGGCGAGACCGUCGUCGAGCUGGUAUCAAGUGUAAAAAUGUCUGGGUCUGGAAGAAUGCGCGAUUUGUCAUGCUGCUUUUCCAUGACCCAUGAGGUCUGGAAUGCCGGAGCUAGCAUGACAGAUUCUGCGAGAACUUUCUAAUGCCUAUCCUGCAUGAGAAACUACCUCCCGACUUGGUCAAAAUUGGGCGGCUUUUGGUAAUCAUGCAACACAGAUUUUUGCAUGCUGCAGAUUUAGCAUGACAAGUUGCAAUCUUCCAGACCCAGACAUUUUUACAUUUGAUAGCUGGAUAUCAUCAACCAUAAACUGAUGGCAAAAACAGAGGUAUAGAAGCAAGUGGUUUCGCUGGAAAAGAGACGCGAAGUAGUUCGGUAUGUGAAAUGCUGCCAGUGUAUGAUAGUUCCAUUUUUUCAUGCUCAUGCCAUCGUUCGGGUGCUAUGCGAAACAACGUUGAAAACAGGACGGCUGGAACCGAGGGAAGUGGGGUGCGAUCGAAAAGUUCAUGUCGGCGUACGAGCCAAUGGAAAGGGAGCGCAUGGGGCUGGAUGCGCUGGAUGAGGAGAUUGACGACGUGUUUUGAAAACGUUGCAUGCGACGCACCGUGCUGUUCGUUUGCAUACCUAGGAGAAGAGGCCUCGCCCGCCAUAUUGCAGAUGUGCAAAGGAGAAGUUUAAUCGAAUAUGAUAGGUCUAACCGCUGAUGAUAUCGAGGGCGGGAGGAAACACAAAAACCCGCAGAAUUUCAUCCUGUUCGAAGAAACUGUUUUAAGGGGGUUAUCGAUAUAAAAGAAACGCUAAAUUCGUCUGUUCUAUUGGUGGAGC